AUGCGAAAACUUGUAAUCUACCAGUGGAGUGAGCACAAGGAUUUUUGGGCCUUAAAGACUCUUAACUUUGACUUGAAGGAUGGUAGUGUAAAGAGGAAAUUUCAAAUUCACGAAUUGGAGGAACUGAGAAUGCAAUUUUAUGAAUCAGCAAGCAUUUACAAGAGAAAGAUGAAAGCUUAUCAUGGCAAGAAAAUUCUAAAAAGAGAGUUCAAACUUAACCAGUUGGUUAUGCUCUUUAACUCCAGACUGAGGCGGUUUCUAGAAAAAUUGAAGUCAAAGUGGUUUGGACCAUUCAUUGUCAAGCCAGUGAAACAACAUGGAGCAAUUGAAAUUGAAGACCAAGAGACCAAACGGAGUUGGCUUGUCAAUGGACAAAGGUUGAAGGAGGUCAGGGUGGUGAUUUCCCAAGAAACACCACAAAGAUAG